AAAGGAGCCCAGCGGAGCCGAGCCCGAGCCGAAAGGAGCCGAGCGAAGCCCAACGGAGCCGAACGAAGGAUGGGGCGGCGUUGGGGUACCAAGCGCAGAGCCAAGAAGCCGCGGCCGCCCCAGCAGUCGCCCCAGCAGUCGCCCCAGCAGUCGCCCCAGCAGUCGCCCCAGCAGUCGCCGGCCCCCAGGACCCAGCUGCAGCAGGAGUUGGAAUCUUUAAGGCAGGUGCACUCAUCCCUUAGAGCUCUCCACCAAAUGGUCAUCUCCUGCCACCAGACUAUCUAUUCAGUCAUUCAAAACAACAUCACUCUAGCAGACUUGAAUAAAGGGUGGCAGAUUUUCUUCACGGGAAAAGAAUGAACCACCAACAACAGCACAGGCCGUCGCCCCUCGUUGAUGACCCGGUUGUGUUUCCAAGCAGUGGGGAAUAGUGCGCGUUAGAACCUGAAAUGGGUCGGCAUAGCCGUGACGGGACCGGAAACUCGGCUGAGGAGUAGCCCACCACGGUUGCCCUGGGAUGUUCCUGGAUUUAAAGAGGAAACCCCGUUUUUCUUUUGGAAUCUGUGCGUGACUAAAGUGCAGACUGCUGGUGGUCAGGGCUGCCGUGCUGCUAAAUCUUCGAAAGACCUUGAUUGGAAGAGCAAGUUUCCGGGUCCUGACGGGCCUGUUGUAAUGUCCCUUCUGUCCCCCGGCUUUUCCAGGCACACAUCGGUGUCCACAGUGCAGUUCUUUCCGCGUCGUCUUCUGUAGCUUUUAUGUUUGGAAAUGGUGGGUUUUGUUUCUUUACAUGCACAGGAAAUGAAAAUGAUUGUAAACCAA